CAGGAAGCACGUCUGACCCCAAACAACAACAGUCUGUAUUCUCGCCGGUUGAGGUGCGCUGCUAAGAGCAUAAACACCUCAAACGAAAGCCAACGUGUCUGAUAGUACUUAUAAAAACAAAAAUGUUCUGCUCUUAAUUUGUAGAAAAGACAUGAAAGCAUAAAGAUUUUUAUUUUUAUAUUAUUUUUUAGAAAGAGAGACGAUCUCUCCCGACACUGGGCAAGGUGUUCGCCCCGGAGGUGGGGACGGGACCCUUGUUUCUGAAAAAUGGCAGUGUCCCUCACCGGAGCUUGCAGGAACAUAGCUCUCUCCACCUGCUUCCUGUCUUUUUGUUUCGGAAAUGUGCUCUGCCUUGAGUUCACAGUCGCAGAGAAGGAAGAAUGGUACACGGCAUUCAUCAACAUAACAUAUCAAGACCCUGUCACCUCCGAACUCAAAACCGAUAAAUCCGAGUGUGGUCGCUAUGGCGAACACUCCCCAAAGAAGGAAGCCCGCGGACUUGUUUUAUUACCUACCUUCUUUCGGGACAGACAAGGAUGUCACAUUAAUGUAAAAUUCCCCAUCGCCUCCCAGAACAUCGCCUGGGUGGCGUUGAUCGCUGCGGGGAAUUGUACGUUUCGGGAGAAAAUCAGCAAUGCUGCAAGUCGCAAUGCAUCCGCAGUUGUCAUUUACAAUGUGGGCUCCAACAACCCAAACGACACGAUAACCAUGCCGCACCAAGGCACCGGAGACAUAAUCGCUGUGAUGAUCCCGGAGCCAAAGGGGCAGGACAUUGUGGCGUUGCUGGAGCAGAGGGUCAUGGUCAUGAUGGACAUCACGGUGGGGACGCGGAACCUGCAGAAGUACGUGAGCAGAACCUCGGUGGUGUUUGUGUCCAUCUCCUUUAUCGUCCUCAUGACCAUCUCCCUGGCCUGGCUCGUCUUCUACUACAUCCAGAGGUUCCGCUACGUCAACGCGCGCGACCGCAACCAGAGGCGCCUGGGAGAUGCAGCCAAAAAGGCCAUCAGCAGGUUAGAAGUGCGAACCAUCAAGAAAGGGGACAAGGAAAUAGAUUCAGAGUUUGACAGCUGCGCAGUUUGCAUUGAAAGUUACAAGCCCAACGACGUUGUAAGGAUCUUACCGUGCAGGCAUCUGUUCCAUAAACACUGCAUUGACCCGUGGCUGCAGGACCAGAGAACUUGCCCCAUGUGCAAAACCAACAUCCUCAAGGCACUGGGCAUUAUGCCCAGUGAAGAUGGCUCGGACGAGAUACCCCCAGAGUACGAGGCUUCCAUCGGGCCCACCAACGCAAUCACCGGGGCGAGCGAGAUGACGGUGAACGAGAGCUCGGUGGUGCUGGACCCAGUAGCAGGGUCCAUCAGCCUGCAGCAGCUCUCUGACCAGGAUGACUGGGUACCUCCUGCACCGGAGCACGGACCAGACUGUACUGGUGACCCCCCCCCACUGAGCAGCGGCCCGGACCCCCCCAGAAUGGGGGCCCGCGCGGGGGACGAGGAGCAGCCUGCGGAGCCCCAACCGCUGGGGCAGAACUCUUUGGUGGAUUGCCACUCUGUGUCACCGGAUUAAUGGGAUCCCAUUGAUAGUUUGGACGUUGGUGACCGAGGAGAACAGACGACCCGCGUGUUACUUUCUGUUCUUCUUCUUUGUUGUGGACGAACACACCGCUGCUGGCCCUUGUGAUGACUGAUGUCACAGUCAACGGAUGUGGAGAAGAGAGGGAGGACUGUCCCUCUGUUAUUGUAUUGUGUCUGUUGAUGGGCCAACCACCUCCCCCCUCCUCCCUACUGUUGAUGGGACGGGCCUUAAGAGUUUUAAGGGACAUCAGAUGUGUGGGGGAGGGCUUCCUUAUUCCAAUACGUUUCAGUUGUCCCUUUUUGUUGUUUACGUUGUGUUUUUUUUCUGCAUUAUAUGUGCCUUAUGUGAAUCGUUUUUUACUGCAAACACAUUUCAGAAUGUAUUCUCUAUAUGACAUGCAUUCAUAGGGUACAUCACAACAGCGUUGAACAUGUGUCAAAGUGUCUGGUAUGUUCUCCUACCAGUGAAAUCCUUUUAAAAUGCCCUUAGGGAUAACGUUUAAAUAACCAGCAUGUUUGUAGAUUUUGUUCAAGUUUUUGUUUACCUCAAAGAAAAUGAUAGGUCCAAUAUUUUUCGCUGUUUACGCCGUUAUGUCAGGUGUAUGUGUACACGUAUAAACGUAGUUCGAUAGCCAACGAAAUGUUAAACUAAGAGCGGAAGUUGGUGUUUAUAUUUGCCUAGCAAAUUACUAUAGGAACACGCUUCUCACUCAACUUUUAUUUUUAUAAUGUAUGCACAUUUUAUGAUAAAUAGGACUGUAUAUAGCACAUUUGUACCUCCUGUCAUUGGGUCUUAUGUUUUUAUCAGUCGAACUGCACCUAUUGAAUUUUUUUAUCCAUUUGUCCUUUGCUUUCUGAAACCCUAUGAAGUGUGGUGUGAAUGACGGAUAAGUCAAGCUGUCCUCACCGGUUGACAAUCAUGACUAGUCCCUCUAGUGCAUUUGUAAAAAGGAGGUCCCUAACUGCCCGUUGUCUUACUGUGGCUGGUUUACCAAGAAAAGCCACACAUCGAAUGGCUAUGGGCUGUUUGGGUGCUCACUGUAGCAUAAUGAAACGGUAUAUGUGCCAAACAUGUAGGUUAUUAUUAACAUGACUGUUAACAAUCUCAUAGAGAGAUAACCACUAGGAUGUCUACAUUACAGUUGUCUUGUCUGUGUGUCUGAAUUAGAAAUAUGUUCAAUCUAUGGCAUAAAAAUGGUGUAUAUUUUGUUA